GCCCGUAAACCCUCUCUCACUGCUGAGCUCGAUGGUCGCGAUGCUCCAAAGGUUCAAUAUUCCGAUGUCUCCACGGUCAUUAUCCCUUUCGUAAUGCUUCGUCCUAGGUACUUAGAAGUGCACUCUUUGUACGUUGAAGCACCUCUUCCGUUGAAUUUACCGUGGUAUGGUUUUGAGAUUGUCUUCUGGUAUGCAGUCUAUGGCUCUAGUCACCUUGGGUUUGAAAGCUAGCGAUAAUGUAGCUUUCUGGGCUUAUGGAAAGAAAAAAAGAAGAAACCUCUGUUUGCUCUCUAAAUUUGGCUAUCAAAAGAAAAAUAUCUACUU